UAAAAACUGAAAUAUUUUCAAUAAAAAUUUUAAAAGAAAAAAGUAAUCAUGAAGUGUAUUAUAUUAAUCGUGGGAGUUUUGACCAUCUUGGCUUUAACUCAAGCUCAGGAUGAUGCUGCACAAGCUUCACAAUCAGAACAAGAUUCAGAACCAGCACCGCAACCUGAACAACCACAGGCCGAUGAAAGUGAAAGUCAACAGCAUCAUCAUGGACAUAGACACCAUCAAGAACAUCCUGAUGGUAAACCUCCAAAACGUACACCAGUUUGGAACAUAGGAUUUAAUUUAGAUACCGGAAAAUAAAUAUGUAUGUUCAUGUCUAUAUUUAUAAUUCCAUGAAAGAGUGAACAUGUCCUCAAUGAAUAACAAACAAAAAUAAAAAGAAGUUUGCAUAUAAAAAAAAAA